GGAAGGGGGUCCCGGGGUGGCCAGGGCCGCCGUCAGUCCUGGCCUAGAGCGGCGGAGGGUCCCGGUGGGAGCGGGCGGCGAUGCGUCUCCUGCGGUGCCUCCUGAAGGGCCCCUCGGCGCUGGCCGGGGCGCCCAAGUACAUCGAGCACUUCAGCAAGUUCUCGCCGUCGCCGCUGUCCAUGAAGCAGUUCCUCGACUUCGGAUCCAGCAAUGCUUGCGAGAAAACCUCCUUCACGUUCCUGCGCCAGGAGCUCCCCGUCCGGCUCGCCAACAUCAUGAAAGAAAUCAAUCUCCUCCCAGACCGUGUGCUGAGCACCCCCUCCGUUCAGCUGGUGCAGAGCUGGUACGUGCAGAGCUUGCUGGACAUCAUGGUGUUCCUAGACAGGGACCCUGAGGACCACGGGACUCUGGGACAGUUCACGAAUGCCCUGGUCACCAUCCGGAACCGCCACAACGACGUGGUUCCCACCAUGGCGCAAGGCGUGAUCGAGUACAAGGAGGCUUACGGAGAUGACCCAGUCUCCAAUCAGAACAUCCAGUACUUCCUGGAUCGCUUCUACCUCAGCCGAAUCUCCAUCCGCAUGCUGAUCAAUCAGCACACCUUGAUUUUUGACGGCAGCACCAACCCGGCCCAUCCCAAGCACAUUGGCAGCAUCGAUCCCAACUGCAACGUCUCGGAGGUGGUCAGAGACGCUUAUGACAUGGCCAAACUCCUUUGCGACAAGUACUACUUGGCAUCUCCCGAGCUAGAGAUCCAGGAAGUGAAUGACACAGGAACGGGUCCUCACCCUUGGCCCAGUAAUUACAUGGGCCAGGCAGGGCUCUGAUACUCUUCUCAUUCUCUGCCAUUGCUUCUCCAGAACGCCAUGAGAGCCACUGUGGAAAGCCAUGAGUCCAGCCCCACGUUGCCGUCCAUCAAGGUGAUGGUGUCCCUGGGGCAAGAGGAUCUUUCUAUCCGGAUGAGCGACCGAGGAGGCGGAGUUCCUCUGCGCAAGAUUGAACGUCUCUUCAGCUACAUGUAUUCCACAGCACCCAAACCAGAUCUGGGCACUGGUGGGACACCCCUGGCCGGCUUUGGCUACGGGCUCCCUAUUUCCAGACUCUACGCCAAGUAUUUCCAAGGCGAUCUUCAGCUGUUCUCCAUGGAAGGCUUCGGGACAGAUGCCGUUAUCUAUUUGAAGGCCUUGUCAACGGACUCCGUGGAGCGGCUGCCGGUGUACAACAAGUCAGCCUGGCGCCACUACCAAACCAGUCAGGAAGCCGACGACUGGUGCGUGCCCAGCACAGAACCGAAAAACACUUCCACCUACCGGGUGACCUAAGACCGUGCCUUUAUUUCUCAGCGGAGAGAGGGUCUCUUCCUCACCUCCGAGGUGGAGAAGCCAGACUUCGAUGCUUGUGGGGAAGAAGGAAAAAGGUCUCAAGUCAUCAGGAGCUCACAUCCACCUUUUUGUGUUACGUGACCUCAGUGGACGCUCUUCCUGUCAACUGGCUCAACGAGCACGUCGGCCAGACAGGAGACCGGCUGCUUUCUUCGGUUCAGGAAGCACGUAGCAUAGAUCCUCCUCUGUACCACCAGAGUCCUGCACGGGGUCUCCUUGCUGCUGACCCUACAAUCCCUAGUCGUACAGUCGUGUCUUUCUGUCUAGUAGCUCAGAAUUUGCCUUCCAUGUUUUUUUUUAAACCCCCUAUGAUGUUUGAUCACUGCUGUCUUUAUUAUAGAGGCUGGGCAUUAACAUUUCGAGAGGGGGCUUGGGGAUCAAUAAGAACGGGAUAGAUGGCGUGUGUGUUACGCUUCUUGACGCGGAGGGGACGCCUCCUGUCCAGGGAAGGCGGGUGACACUGAUAGAAUUGGACGUCUCCGUCGCAAAGCAUGGGUGUGCGUAUGAGGAGGAGGCGGCGCGCACCGAAGUUCUUCACUUGCCCUCUUUCCUCAGCAAACACGUGACCUUCCAAGUUGUUGGGAAAAGAUGGCUGAGAAGGGGUCAUCUUGAGGCCGGGGAGAAUCCGGUGUCUAAGACUGCACUUCAGAUGUGCCGUUGGGAAUUUCGAGGCUUGCCGAGUCAGCAACUCCUGCGCCAAAUGAGCUCUCUCCUUCGUUGUUGUUUUCCCAACCCUUGAUGGUUUCCCUGUUUUUUGACGUUGGUUUUCAGUGGGCAGAAAUGGGGCUGGUACCUGAUGGGCAGUCCCCAGUUGAGACUUGUGGCAGCGUUGACAGAAAAAUGUUGUCUGUGGACUCUCCACGCGCACGUUUGUCUCCACAAUCAAGGUGUUUGUUUAGAUUGCUCCCCCCCCCCCCCGAUGAAGGCAAGUCAGUUGGGCUGGGUGUGUGGGGAGAGAAGGAAGGGGCCACUAGACGAGACCGAGCUUGGUUCCUGGAGGUUCAGGGAGACAGAGGGUUGAGAGUUUCCUUUUGUGGAAUUCAAGGAGGCGGAAUUCAAGAAGCAGCAGCGGGUGUUUGUUGUGGGAGCCGCCUCCAAAAUGGCGGACGGACUGGCGCAAGGAGUGGCAGCUGCCUCUUUUCAGAUGACAUUCGGAGGGAACGAAUGUACAGAGUGGAUGGAUGGUGGAAUAGGUUUGCAGUGGAAGGAGAUGUGUCGGGCACGUGCGUGUUCCUUAUGCACCUUUCUGCAAGAGUGGGAGUCAGGAAGAAACCGGGUUCCUGAUCCUGGGGGAAGAGAGGCCCCCUGUGCACGUACACCCUCUUUCCGGUGGACCCACUGAAGUCGGCAAAGAGGGGUUUGCCUCCGAGGCUCCCUUUCCACAACACACCCUUUCAUUCUCUCUAGAAUAUUCUCUCCGGUGUCCCGUGUGUGAAGGGCUGAGCCUGCCAGCUCUAUGUUUAUCCUGCCCCUCCCUGCACGUACCUUUCUUCUCCAGUGCAAAGAUCUGAAUGUUUUAAAUAUCCUCAUUAAGAGGAAGCGGAAGGGCAGGUGAGCACAGUAUGUGUCUGGGCAGGGGAGCAAGGACAGGUGUGACUCCGGUUUGGGGGGCUGCUUGUUUUCAGUCUCCCUCUGCCCCCAAACACGUACAGCAGGUGCCCCCUCUGCCCCCAAACCCUUUUCACCCCUUCAAGAAAUCAAGAGCCGAGCCUCUCGUUCUUCCCUCGUCCCCCUUGCAUGACCCGCUUCUGGACGGUCCAGAGAUCAUCAGUGUAUAUAAAUCCUAUAUAUUAUAUAUAUAUAUAUUUUAUUAUCUGGGUCAAGCCACGGAGGUGUCCGAGACGCACACGCACAAGUAUUCUUUAGCUCCUCUGGUCAGUCGAAGGAGGGAAAUAACGUAACAUUUGACUUGUUAUAAAAAUAAAAACACACAAAAUGAA